AUGGCAGGGAAACUAAAAUGGGUUUCAGACAUUGACAAGUUUGUGCUUGUAAAUAACUUCCAAAAAAGAGGUUGGAUACAGGUUUCAGAAAAUGAAAACUGGAAUUUUUAUUGGAUGAAUGUACAGACCAUCCGCAAUGCCUUCAGUGUUGAAAAUGGCUAUCGUCUUUCAGAUGAUCAAAUCGUAAACCACUUUCCCAAUCACUAUGAGUUAACCAGGAAGGACCUGAUGGUCAAGAAUAUAAAGCGUUAUCGCAAAGAGCUCGAUAAGGAGGGAAGUCCACUAGCAGAAAAGGAUGAAAAUGGCAAAUACAUUCACCUAGAUUUUAUUCCAGUUACAUUUAUGCUGCCGGCAGACUAUAAUAUGUUCAUGGAAGAAUUCAGGAGGAAUCCGUGCAGCACCUGGAUCAUGAAGCCAUGUGGGAAGGCUCAAGGGAGAGGAAUAUUCCUUAUCAACAAGCUCUCACAAAUCAAGAAAUGGUCUCGUGACAAUAAAACUUCCAACUUUGUGACUAACUCUUCCAAGGAAAUUUAUGUCAUUUCCCUCUACAUAGACAAUCCACUAUUAAUUGCUGGGAAAAAGUUUGAUCUUCGUUUUUACGUGUUGGUGACAUCAUUUCGUCCAUUAAAAUGUUAUUUGUAUAAGCUGGGCUUUUGCCGAUUCUGCACAGUGAAAUACACUCCAAAUGUCAAUGAACUAGACAACGUAUUUGUGCAUCUUACAAAUGUUGCCAUACAAAAACAUGGGGAUGACUACAACUCCAUUCAUGGUGGGAAAUGGACUGUGGCAAAUCUGAAACUUUACUUGGAAAGCACACGAGGAAAGAAAGUCACUGAUAAACUGUUUGAUGAAAUUCACUGGAUGAUUGUACAUUCGCUCAAAGCUGUAGCUCCUGUAAUAACAAAUGACAAACACUGCUUUGAAUGUUAUGGGUAUGACAUUAUCAUCGAUAGCAAAUUAAAACCGUGGCUCAUUGAGGUAAAUGCUUCUCCUUCAUUGGCAGCCAGCACUGCUAGUGAUCGAAUCAUGAAAUAUAAUCUCAUCAAUGACACGUUGAAUGUUGUAGUUCCCAACGGUGAUAUCUCAGCUUGGAAGUUCAGCAAAGCUCCUACUAAAGAAACCCUUGGAAAUUAUGUUAUCCUCUGUGAUGAAGAUUUAACAUUGAAUGACGGAGCUGAUCGUGAAACGAAAAAUCGCCCGGGUCAGUCUGGUUCAAAAGGUGGAAGGGCAAAAGAGUUUGGACGACCUACCACCACAACUUGGAAAUAA